AUGUUCGGCGUGUACACAUUGGACGAGCCCGCCGACGGGGUCGUCCGCGCGCCCAAGCUCAACUGCAAGAAGUCCCGCUUCGGCUGCACCCGCUGCAAGCUCCGGAGGGUCAAGUGUAACGAGCAACGUCCCAAGUGCCAGCACUGCAGGCGCCACGGCACGGCCUGUGUCUACAAGCACGAGCGGCCCCAGGCAGAGGCGGCGGGCCACAGCUCCAGCUCCAGCUCCACCCCGGUUUCUCAGCGCCGGAAGAAUGCGGCCAACGACCCGGACAGCCUGGCGAGCCGCUCGGCAGAGCCGGACCCUCCUGAGUCUCGCGAGCGGCGCCUGCUCGAGGCCGGCCUCAUGCGCCACUAUGUCGCCAAGACCGGCCCCGGCACGGCAAUCGACGACCUGAGCCGGCCCAUGUUUGCCGAAGCCAUCCCAGAGCAGUCUCUAUGCUGCGAUUCUCUUCUCUAUUCCAUGUACUCCAUCGCUGCGCUUCACCAGUCCUGCGCAGCGCCAGAUGCCACUGCCGCCGCCGUCUCGUCGGACGUGCACCGUCGAUACCUGGCCAUGGCCUUGCGCGAGCAUCAGGCGUCACUUCAAAACAUCACCGCGCAGAACGUUGACAAUCUCUGCAUGACGUCUAGCCUGCUGCGCGUCUGCGCUUACGCUAUGCUCCAGACGCGGGGCCGUGUGCCGUACUCGCCCCCUUCCGAGUGGCUGAUGAUCUGCGGCACCGUCAUGGCCCUCUACGAAAAGGCGUGGGACGUUGCCAAGGAGCGGCCCGACUCGAUAGCUUGGAAGUUCCUGAGAAGCCCCUACGCCAUGGCGGAUGAAGGGCACAGUGGCGAAGACAGGUCGACUGCAUUCGACAUAUUGCUCACGAGGCAGGCUGACGACUCGGACCCUUGGGACGCUGAGUCGCAAGACGCCUACCAGCAGGCGCUCUCGUUCCUCGGCAGCGUGCAGUGCGCCAUACAAGAUGGCGAGCCCGAGGGUCACAUAUGCAGACUCCUCGUCGUCUUCCCUAUGGUGAUCAAAAGGCGGCUUUUUGACCUGGUCAACGCGGAAGAGCCGAGGGCUCUGGCGCUACUGGCACACUACUUUGCUCUUCUCAGCGGCUAUGGCCACAUGUGGUGGAUCGGGCCCGGCCCGGCGCAAGAGGUCCUGGCCAUUGCCGAGGAGCUGUCCGCGCAAACCCGAUGGGCACCGGUACUGCAGCAGCCCAUUGAGCAGGUCAAAGCACACUCUAAGGCUUACGGGCGGGCGGCGUCUUCUCCUUCUGGCUGA